GACAAUGUCAUUAUGUCAGAUUAUGUAUGAAUGUGGUGUUAUACGAAUAGAAGAAAACUUGCAAAAUUAAAUUGGUACAUGUAAUCGUUUGUCCGUUUUUCCCUAGUAGGGCUAGAAUUUCUAUAAAAAUAUUUGCUGUGUUAUUAUAAUUACUAGAAUUAUAAGCGACAAUGGUUAUUGGAGCGUUUCCCAUUGCCAAAUUGUCGGUGUUACUAAUCAAGCAGAUCAGUAAACCCAUCGCUAAUGCAUGUAAAGAACGAGCCAAAAAUAGUCCCUUUUUCAGGACCUAUGUUUGUAUGCCUCCUGCCCAAUUCUACAAUUGGUGCGAGGUGAAAGCUAAGAUGUGGAUCCUAAAUUUGGGUAGACCUGUAAACAUACCUGUGCUGAGCCAGGAAAUGGCCAUUGAGCUGGGUGCCAAUCUGCUGGGUGAAUCAGUCAUCUUUAUUAUUGGUGCUGCCCUCAUUACUGUUGAAUAUAGCAGGCAAAGCAAAAAAGAGGCAGCUAAAGAACAAGCUCGUAUAGAUGAGCUGAAACAUAUAACCAAUACUAUUACGGACUUGUACUUUGCAGUCCAGCAACAAGAAACACAGAUCAGGGAAAUGGAGCGCCUCAUUCAUUCAGUCAGUGGUAAAAAGAUACAAGCACCUCCUCCAGAUGUCAGGGAUAUAACCAAAUCACUGAAGGAACUUGAAGAAUUGACUACUAAAAGUUCCCCUCCACAACCCCCAGCUGGCCAAACAUCCCCUAAAGGCCAGCAGCCCCCCACCACCCAACAGCCUCCAGCACAGCAAAGGCCACAAGAUGGCUCUAAAAUGAUGAGACCUGAGGCCCAACUUAUUUCCACACCAUACCCUGACAAAGGACUUAUACUGCAAUCAUUGAAUUAUAUUCAAAUGGAUGUUUUUAGUUCAAUAUUUCCUAAUAGUCAAAGGCAAGAGGACAAUAAACACCAAGAAAAAAAAUUACAGUCUCAGAAACGUGAUAGUGCUGUACUUUCAGAGGCACUCUACAACAUUGAAAAUAACUUUAAGAGCUUGUUUUAAAGUGUAUGCAAAUCUGUAAAAUUUAGGGAAAGUUAGUUUGUUACGGUUAUAAAAUAACACAUUGUAUUGUAUAGUUUUUUUAGUAUAUUGGUUGUAUUUAUUUUGCUGCACUUUUCUUUGAAGUUGGUGAUGCUUAAAAUUUAUUAAUGACAAUGUUUAAAAAUUGCUUAUAAUCUUUACUGCCAACCAGUUUGCAUUUGUGCGAAACUUUUGACUGUAGAAGUGUUGAC